GGGGGCCAUUUUGGCAGGUCCGUCGUGGCGCUGGGAGCCCGCCGUGUUCGCCGGUGUCCCGUCCCUCCGCCGCCGCCGCCGCCGCCGCCGCCGCCGUCCGCCGGAACACUAUAACCAGCAGAAAACAUGUCUCGAAGAUAUGACUCCAGAACCACUAUAUUUUCUCCAGAAGGGCGCUUGUAUCAAGUCGAGUAUGCUAUGGAAGCCAUCGGUCACGCAGGCACCUGCUUGGGAAUCUUAGCAAACGAUGGUGUUUUGCUAGCGGCAGAAAGGCGGAACAUCCACAAGCUGCUCGAUGAAGUCUUUUUUUCCGAAAAGAUAUACAAACUCAAUGAGGAUAUGGCUUGCAGUGUUGCAGGCAUAACUUCAGAUGCUAAUGUUCUCACAAAUGAACUGAGGCUCAUUGCACAAAGGUACCUUCUACAGUAUCAAGAGCCGAUUCCUUGUGAGCAGUUAGUUACAGCUCUGUGCGAUAUCAAGCAAGCUUAUACACAGUUUGGAGGAAAACGUCCUUUUGGUGUUUCACUGCUCUACAUCGGCUGGGAUAAACAUUAUGGGUUCCAGCUGUAUCAGAGUGACCCCAGUGGAAAUUAUGGAGGGUGGAAAGCCACAUGCAUUGGGAAUAAUAGUGCUGCAGCAGUGUCAAUGUUAAAACAAGACUACAAGGAAGGAGGAAUGACCCUGAAGUCAGCUCUUGCCUUAGCUAUCAAAGUGCUAAAUAAGACUAUGGAUGUUAGUAAACUCUCUGCUGAAAAAGUUGAAAUUGCAACAUUAACAAGAGAGAACGGAAAGACAACAAUACGAGUUCUAAAACAGAAGGAAGUCGAACAGUUAAUCAAGAAGCAUGAAGAGGAAGAAGCCAAAGCCGAACGAGAGAAAAAAGAAAAGGAGCAGAAGGAGAAGGAUAAAUAGGAUGUGAAAUCAUUUUUUAAAAAUACAUAAUUUUCAACUUAAAAUAUGUUGCUGGAGUUCCUUGGAAAUUUUUUUCCCUGAGGUUCUCCUGUGAGAAAAUAGGACAUUGCUGCCUGAAUCUGGCCCUUGUUACUUCCAUACAGUCUGUACUUGGAGGCGUGGGUUUGUUUUUGUUUUGUUUUUAAUUUGAUGAUUACUUUUCAUGAACAUAAAUGUUGUCCAAGCUUUCAUUCCUGAAGUCACCUAAGUCUGCUUUUUUAAGGAAUAAAACCAAGUAAAAGAA